UUCCCUUUUACGAGUGCUAGGAAUAGGCUUUUUUCAUCUGUGCAGCUGGGAAACGGGUCUGAACUAUUGCAGUGGGACAAAUAUUUGAGAUUGAGAACUGAGAGGACACACAGAAGAACCAUGCCAUCAGCUGAGAAGAUUUUGUACUUCCUGCCCAGUGCGUUGUUAAAUGUAAUCGGUGUGGCCAUACUUGGUUAUGGGAUUUCAGCAGAGUGGGCCUCCUCCACCAUGGACUGCUCACCUGCAGAUACCAAUUGGUUCAACGGAACUGCAACCAUUCAAAUGGGCCUGUUCGCAGGCACAGAGCUCAAAGAUUCCUGUCCUCGGUUUACCACUAGUGAAAAAUCCAUCGCAGUGUUUGAUUCUAUGAGUGCAGUAGGGGGCGCUGGAAUAGGCUUACAUGCCGUGGUUGUUGUUCUGCUGGUCUUUGCUCUGGUGGCCUCUGCAGGUAGCAUAUUCAUCACUCUCUACAACACCAUCACUAAUCCAUAUGAAACCUGCAUGGGUCCCAUUGGACUGUAUGUCUGCAGUGGAUUAAGUGCAUGCUUGGCGUUUUUGGCAAUGGUCCUGUACUUGAUAAAUCUGCUUGGGGUCAACAUAGGAAAGAAGAUAUUGCUUUCAAACUUGAACGGAGUUCUGAUGGAUGAGACCGUGACAUUCCUGGUUGGCUUUUUUAUGAUUCUGCCAUACAUUACAGUUAACCUGCUCGCCAUACUUCUGGUGUAUCUGUAUGCGCAUGCGGCCUACAGACAACGCCAAGAGCAGCAGAAACCCACGGAGGACGCACCAAAAGAGAUUCUGAUGUACUAAAGUGCAGAAGAGUCUAUCCAUAAGACUAUGUGAUCGAAGACAUGCACUUAUGAUAGGAGGUUCUGCUAUAGGUAUAUUACGCAAAAUCAGGGACACUUCUGUAAGUAGGGUACGCUUACAAUGUGACCAGAAGAAAUACAGCAACACAGAUGUUUUGGAUGAAAAACAACACAAAUUUCAUUUUAUUCUGCUUUUCUGUCUUUCCUAAAUAUUAAAAAUAUUUUUGUAUGGUUCUCUGUCCUAAGCAUUUGAUGUAACUGAUGUCCUUUAAGUAUUCUCAGAAAUGAAAGAAGCAAACAAUCUGUAUGUACGUUUUCUGUAAAUGUAGGUUAGCUUUCAGGAAAAUUCUUCCAAUAUACUGUAUGAGAAAAGAUUGUACAUAUUAAGACCUCACACUUACAGUAUCAACUUAAUAAAUACAGCCAUAAUUAUUUAUUGGUGCCAAAGA